AUGGCUACUUCUGCCGUUCUCGGUUUCCCCCGUAUCGGCCCCCACCGUGAGGUGAAGAAGGCUCUCGAGGCCUACUGGGGUGGCAAGACCUCCUCGGAGGAGCUCCUCCAGGUCGCCAAGGAGCAGCGCCUCGCUACCUACGCCACCAUCAAGGAGCAGGGCGUUGACAUCAUCCCCACCGGCACCUUCUCGCUGUACGACCACGUCCUCGAUGCCUCGAACACUUUCGGCAUCAUCCCCGACGCGUACAAGAACUCGGGUCUGUCGCCCCUCGACACCUACUUCGCCAUGGCCCGCGGCCACCAGAAGGGUGGUGUUGACCUGCCCGCCACGGAGAUGAAGAAGUGGUUCGACUCGAACUACCACUACCUCGUCCCCGAGUUCUCGGAGAACUCGACCUUCUCCCUGAACAACACCAAGCCCAUCGACGACUUUGUUGAGGCCAAGGAGGCUGGCUACAACGGCCGCCCCGUCAUUGUCGGUCCCCUGACCCUCCUCUGGCUCGGCAAGAUCUCGAAGGACGCCAAGAGCGAGAGCUUCAACCAGUUCACCCUCCUCCCCAAGCUGGUCGAGGUUUACGGUGAGCUCCUCAAGAAGCUCUCGGCUGCUGGCGCCCCCUGGGUCCAGCUCGACGAGCCCAUCCUUGUCAUUGACAAGGCCCAGGAGCUCGCCAAGGAGUUCAAGGAGACCUACGAGACCCUCGCCAAGGCUGCCCCUAGCCUCAACAUCCUCCUCGCCACCUACUUUGGCCGCCUGGAGAACAACAUUGACAUCGUCAAGGACCUGCCCAUCGCCGGUCUUCACAUUGACCUGGACCGUGCGCCCGAGCAGCUCGAGCCUGUCCUCGAGGCUCUUGCCCCCACCAAGAUCGGCGUCUCGCUUGGUCUCGUUUCGGGCCGUAACAUCUGGAAGACGGACCUUGCCGCUGCUCUCGAGCUCGCCAAGAAGGCCGUUGCCAAGGUCGGCGCUGACCGUGUCCAGAUCGCCUCGUCUUCGUCGCUUCUCCACACUCCCAUUACCACUGCCAACGAGAAGAAGCUGAAGCCCGAGGUGCUCGACUGGUUCUCGUUCGCUACCGAGAAGUCGGGUGAGGUUGCCACCAUCGGUCUGGCCCUCCAGAACCCCGAGGCUGCCAAGGAGCGCCUUGCCGUCAACGCCAAGAGCAUUGCUGCUCGCCGCGACUUUGAGAAGAACUCGGACCCGACCGUGCGUGACCGCGUGGCGAACAUCAAGCCCGAGGACCUCUCGCGCAAGUCGGCCUUCCCCCAGCGCCGCGAGAUCCAGCGCCAGUACCUCAAGCUGCCGCCGUUCCCGACCACCACCAUCGGCUCCUUCCCCCAGACCAAGGAGAUCCGUCAGUACCGUGCCCGCUUCACCAAGGGCGAGAUCUCGCAGGAGGAGUACGAGAAGUUCCUCGAGAACGAGAUCAAGUCGGUUGUGGAGAAGCAGGAGGCUCUUGGCCUCGACGUGCUUGUGCACGGUGAGCCCGAGCGUAACGACAUGGUCCAGUACUUUGGCGAGCAGCUCGACGGCUUCGAGUUCACCCAGAACGCCUGGGUUCAGAGCUUCGGCUCGCGCUACGUCCGUCCCCCGAUCAUUGUCUCGGACGUGUCGCGCCCCAAGGCCAUGACCGUCCGCUGGUCGGCCUACGCCCAGAGCCUCACCCAGAAGGUCAUGAAGGGUAUGCUCACGGGCCCCGUCACUAUCCUUAACUGGUCGUUCCCCCGUGUCGACAUUGGCCGUGACGUGCAGUCGAAGCAGAUUGCCCUGGCUCUCCGCGACGAGGUUGCUGACCUCGAGAAGGCUGGCAUCAAGGCCGUCCAGGUCGACGAGCCCGCCAUCCGUGAGGGUCUUCCCCUCCGCCGCAAGGAGUGGGACACCUACCUGAAGUGGGCCGUCGACUCGUUCCGUCUCUCGGUCGGCAGCGCUUCGGACGCCAUGAACACCGCUUCGCACUUCUGCUACUCGGACUUCAACGACAUCAUGAGCUCGGUCAUUGCUCUUGACGCCGACAUGAUCUCGAUCGAGAACAGCAAGAGCGAUGCUAAGCUGCUCAAGAUCUUCCAGAACACCAAGUACCCCAACGAGAUCGGCCCGGGUGUGUUUGACAUCCACUCGCCUCGUGUGCCCUCGGUGGACGAGAUGACUGAGCGCAUCAAGGAGAUGACCCAGUUCAUCGACCCCAAGCUGCUCUGGGUCAACCCCGACUGCGGUCUCAAGACCCGUACCUGGGAGGAGUGCACUGCUCAGCUCAAGGCUAUGGUCACCGCUGCCGAGAACGCCCGCAAGCAGUUUGUUUAA